AUGCAUAUGCUCUCUGACUGGCUGCCAAAAAAGAGCGCACUCUCCAGAACUCGACUAUUGGUUGCACCCGACGGCUCGCAGUACCACUGGAAACAGGUGACGAAUUGGGGCUCAACGUCACUCAGACUCAUUGACCCUGAGACGCAGGAGACCGUGGCGCAGGUGCGCAGCGCGCGCACAGGCGGAGGCUUCCUUGGGAAACCACGGAGGAUGAGCCUGCACGUCAGAUCAGAUACAGCUCUGAGCCUCAACGCGAUAUUGCUAUCGUUCAUCGUUCUUGAGCAGGCCCGGAGAGAGCAAGGAGCGGGCUCGUACUCCGACGCCCGUGGGGCGGCGGGUGCUGGCAUGGCAGGUCCCUCUGUGACAUUUUAA